AUGAUUUGGUUUAGGGGUUACUUCAGAACAUCUGCUCAAAGGUACCUGAUUGAGCCACUAUCCAGUGAUGAUGAGGGGGAUCAUGCAGUGACGGCUUUUAAUGAAAAGAACUUCACGCCUGCCGUGUGUGGGGUCACUAACACCAGCUGGAGUGAUGACUAUGAACCUCCAACAAGCCGCAGCCGCUCUAGAUCAGGGGGUAUUUCUAUUGUACAGCAGCGGAAAUACAUUGAGCUCGUCCUGGUUGCUGAUAACCGCGCGUAUGUGAAGAUGAACAUGGAUCAAAAGAAGAUGAGACAGAGAAUAUUUGAGAUUGUCAACUUUCUCAACAUGGUCUACAAAUCUGUGAGGACCUUUAUUGCUCUGGUGGGGUUGGAGAUAUGGACGAAUGGUGACCUGAUCUCUGUGACCCCCCCAGCAGGAGAAAGCCUGGAUGCUUUCAUGAAGUGGAGAAACUCUGAGCUGGUGACCAGGAUAAAACAUGACAAUGCACAUCUUAUAAGUGGUAUCAACUUUGAAGGAACAACUGUGGGUCUUGCUUUCAUCGGGACUCUCUGUUCUGGUCACUCUGUCGGCGUAAUACAGGAGUGCACCAAUCCCUGCUGCAACGCCACCACCUGCACCCUGAAAGAGGGUUCACAAUGUGCUGAAGGCGAGUGCUGUGAGAACUGUAAGAUCUUGCCUACCGCCAGACAGUGCCGCGCAAAGCAGGAUGACUGUGAUCUGGCAGAGUACUGUGAUGGGAUGAGCACGACCUGUCCGGAGGAUGUGUUUGCUGUGAAUGGGCUCCCAUGUGAUGGAGGCCAAGGGUACUGCUACAACGGUCAGUGUCCACAGAGACCUAAGCAGUGUGUCAAGAUGUAUGGAUCAGAUGCUAAAGAGGCCAAACAAGGAUGCUAUAACCACAACACCAGAGGAGUCUUCUAUGGCUUCUGCAAACGCCCCUCAAAAGAUCAGUUCAUCCCCUGUCAGAAAGCAGAUGUUCUUUGUGGAAAGCUCUUCUGUGAAGGCGGUAAUGACAACCCAAACUAUGGCCAGAUGGUCGCCAUCGGCACAUGCAAGGCAGCGUUCUUCUCAGACAUCACCGGUGACGAAGUCCAGGUGGAAACGGGGACUAAAUGUGGAGAUGGAAAGGUGUGCAGCCAGAAUCAGUGUGUGGAUCUGCAGACGGCAUACAGAAACACCAACUGUUCAGCAAAAUGCCCAGGCCAUGCUGUGUGCAACCACAAAAGUGAGUGCCAGUGCGAGCCUGGGUGGAUACUUCCUAACUGUGACUCAGUGGACACAGCUUUUAGUGGUACUGGAAAAACUAUUGUCAUUGCAGUCACGGUUAUACUAGUGGUCCUAGGCAUCAUUGCUGCCAUCGCAGGAAUCAUCUGGAAAAAGCGACAAAGUCCCAUCCUGCCAACUGCAACAACUCAGAGGAAGCAGAUAGCCGUGCAGAACCCGGUUUACCACGGCAAACAGCCUCCACCCAGUUACCCUGCAUCAGGCCAACAGGCUGGCAGACCAAAGCCUGAAGGACCUCCACCUCCACCACCUGCAGCGGGGACCAAACCCAAACCAGUCAUUCAGAUCCACAGAACUGCACCAGCUCCACCAGGGAACAAACCCACACCAUCCAACUACACAGCUGUACGGCAGGGUCUGAGGCCAGUUCCUCCACCAAAGGUCUGAUGUCUGCGUGGUUCCAUCUCUUAGCAGCUCUUAUUGCUCUCAGUAGGAGGCUGCUGUCACCGCUUUCUCAGUGCUGAAGCAACAUUUCAACAAUGACUCACAGAUUGCACGAGGAGCAGGCCAGACUCUGAUUGUUACUAGCAUGCCAUCCGCUGAUGUCGUCAUCGCUUUAUAUUUUCUAAGGCACUUUUUCAUACUGCAGGGUUAGAGAUACAGACAAGUAUCUCUACUAGUGUUAGUAUCUCUAACAAGGCAAGUGCAAGUACAGGCAUCCCUGACUCUGAAUGUGACUUACAACUCUUUUUAUCACAGUAAUGGCACAGAAUAUGAGUGUGUGUGUGCAUGACCUAAUGAAAAUGUUAUAACAAUUUUCAGAAUUUGUUACAGUUUCAUAUUUCAUUUGUGUUUUUAAAAUCCUUAUAAAUGUCGCUGACUUUGAUGUGACAGUCAAAAAUCGGAGUGCGAUGCUCUGUUGCACCCUACAGUGCUCUACUUUAAAGUAAAGUGAAUGCACUGAGAGAACUCAAAGACUGCACUUACCCCACCAGCUGAACAUUAUGAAGCACCUUAAACCAUGCUUUCUCUCAUGACACUGUAAAAGUUUGAGUUGUAUUUAUAUUUUUAUCUAAAUGUACAUAUUUAUCUACUUUGUUUACAAAAUCAGACUUCUGCAUGAGUAGAGAAAGAACAAAAGCAUGAUGCCAAAUGAGCUUCUUAUUGGUGCCUUUUUAGAAGCAGGACCACUAAACGUGCAUACAAGAUUAGGUCUCACAUGCAAGUGGUAAGACACAUAUCAAUUUGCCACACCAUUAAAAUGAACGACUGUGAUGUUUUUUAAUGUUGAUGUUGUAAAAUUCUUCUUAAUUCUUAUAUUGAAACAUUUUGUUUUACAUUUAUUUGCAUUAUGGUUGUUUCUCAAUAUUUUUUUACUAUAAUAUUGUCCUGCUGUAUACUUUGUCCUAUGCACUUACUUUGUAAAGCGGGACCAUGCUGUACGAUGAUUAAAUAAAAUUGAUU